GUCACGUGAUACCUCAGAUAAGGCAACCCAUGGGGGUGACGAGACAGACACACAGAAGGAGCGCGAUGUGGAAGAACAAAUUCCGCGAAGGCAGUGGUUGUGCGUUGUUGUUCCUGGUUAUCUGCGUGGGGUUCAUAGUCAUCGUGUACCUGAACAGCGCAGAAGAGGACCCAGAGCUGCAGGUGUUCGUGAAGCAGGGUGCGCUCAGGGGUCAGCAUUUCACCACCAGAAAGGGACGUCAUAUUUUGGGUUUCCAGAGGAUCCCAUAUGCUCUACCACCCAUCGGAGAUCUCAGAUUCCGGAGCCCCCAGCCUUUCGGUAAUUGGAAAGGGGUGUUGGACGCUACACGGCCAGCCCCAAAGUGCGUGCAAAGGAAUGUGUACCUUGAAGAACAAGAGGUGUCCGGGCAGGAGGACUGCCUAUUCAUUAAUGUCUACACUCCACAUAUUAAAGGGCACCACCUUCUGGACGUGAUGGUCUACAUACAUGGUGGAGGAUGGGUGGCUGGCACGGGGAGGAACUACCAGCCGACAUACCUCCUGGACAGAGAUGUCGUCCUCGUCACCUUCAACUACAGACUAGGACCACUUGGUUUCCUGAGCACUGGAGAUUCAGCGUGUCCAGGUAACAAUGGAAUGAAGGAUCAGGUGGCAGCACUGCGCUGGGUGCGAGACAAUAUCGCAGCGUUUGGCGGGAACCCGAGCAGCGUAACGAUAUUCGGCGAGAGCGCGGGUGGCGCUAGUGUGCACUAUCACAUGCUGUCACCUGCCAGCAGAGGCCUGUUUCACCGCGCCGUGUCCCAAAGCGGAACUGCUUUCUGCCCCUGGUCCCUUGCUCCUAAUGGGUCGAGCAAACACCAAGCUGAGGAACUUGCAUUUCUGCUCGAUUGUCCGACACAGCCCAGCAGCGAAAUGGUUUCGUGUCUCAGGACGAAGGACGCUGUGGACAUCACAGCAACUGACAGAGCUUACAUGGAAUGGAACAUUCAUCCUAUGAUACCCUUCAGACCUGUGAUAGAGAAUGGGGACGACGCCUUCAUACCUGCCAGUCCUCUGGAACUGUCGAGGAACUACACAGCUGUGCCAUGGAUGACCGGCAUAACUUCGGAGGAAGGAACCAUCGCCGCAUCAAGACUGUACGGGAAGAAUCUGAUCCCCGACAUGGAUGCGAGGUUCAAGUACGCAGCUCCCAUCGCUCUGUACUACAGCGAGACUUCGCCCCGAAAGGAUGAAGUCACCAAACUGAUAAGAGACUUCUAUUUCGGAAACAGCACCAUUAAUAACGACACAGUCGCAUCUGUGGUGAAUAUGUUCACGGAUGGCUGGUUUUUACAAGGAGCGGACCGGGCCGUGAGUCUACAUUUCGAAACAGGGACUGCACCAGUUUUCUACUAUUAUUUUACGUACCGGGGUUCCAAAAGCCACAGCGCGGUCUUCGGCGAUGCGAACAGAAAUUACGGAGUGUGUCAUGCCGACGACUUGAUUUACAUCUUCCCUUCUGGAGACACUUUGCUUGGUACAACACUGACGGAAACAGAUGACAAAAUGGUCGACAUUAUGACAACAUUAUGGACUAACUUCGCUCGUACUGGGAAUCCAACUCCCACCCCUUUCAACGGCGUUCAAUGGCUGCAAGUUGCUUCGCCUUAUUCAAAAGAAUACGUCCAAAUUGAUAAAGAUGGCUUGAGUCCGAAAAGAGGACUGCUGGAAGAAAGGGUCAAUUUCUGGAACACUUUGCCUUUGGAAAUUCCACCCUCGAGUUCCGGAAAGGAUGAACUCUGAAAAACGUUUCUUCAAGUGGGUAAUUUCUACUACAUAAAAACUUUUUGGUUACUAAUCUACAAUACGAAUUAAAAUAACUCGUUAUCUAAAGAAACUGGCUAAUAUUAUUAAUUUAAAAACUAAAAUUAUCUCAUCAAUAUAAAAAAAAUGUAAUAAAUGUCUUAAAUCUCUGA